GAUCAGAAGGCACUGCUGCGGAGCCCAUGCACAAAUCUGGCUCAUCUCUAGCCUAUAGAUCUGCUAUUAUCAACUAGGGAAUCAAACACGCAAAGCUAUUCUUCUUUGCCUUGGUAUACAGUAGAAGCCCUGACUGAGAUGUAUGGACAGAACCCUAACUGGUUGUGGUCGAACGGGGAGCCUCUACGCCACCAUAGGCACCUGGGCAGACUUGGCUUAGCAACCCUGAGGCAAUGGGAGGAUGAGGAAGAAGGAAAGGAGGAAGAACAUGCCAUUUGGACCAGGGAGCAUCCAGCAAUCUGUUGCUAUACUACAAAUGGCCAUGGCCUCACCCAAGAGCGUGUUCAGAACCCCUGGGGCUGGGCUUGUACUGAGAGAACCUUUGGCCCUGUCCACACAGACCUAGUUAGCAUCCAAAGCCAGAGUGACACAGGGCUAGAUGCCCCUGAAAUGUGGAUUGAUGUCCCCCCACACCAGCCCUCCUUGGGUGGAGCUGAUGGAGAAGAAUCAUCCCAGCAUUGUUUAGGCAGUCAAUGGAGGAGCCACAUGACAGAGGGCCAUGGCUGUGUUUGUGUGCAUGGACCAAGUGGACCAGGAAGAUGUUGCCACAGUUUGGCUGGUUCCCCUCUCUUCAAUUUUGGAAUGAGGAAGACAAUAAUGGUAGAAGUUGAGGUGGAAAUAGUGGAGGAAGUAGCCUAUGAGGACACAGAGACACUUGAAGUAAUAUCAGAAAGAGUCUAUCCAAAUGAUUUGAUGGAAACCAUAUUGCUGCACGAUGACCAGCUUUUCGCCACCUAAACAUGCGUUCCUUCAAAAGUUGUUUGCAAGUGAACUUUCUGUGUUUUUAAAUCAGCCUUGUAUUUUAAAUGUAUUUUACAUUGAUUUAAAUGUUUAAAUAUUAAAAGUUUUAAAUACCAUUUAAAGGUCAUUUUUUAUGUCAGUGUUGUGAGAGGUUCAUUAAUAACAUUUUUUUUUACCCAAUAAAAUAAGAAACCUUUG